UAUCCUCUAGGACAACAACUGCUCUGUUCCUCCUCAGAUCCACAUGACGCCAUUUACUUUUGCUUUUGCGGAGAGAUCACCCUGCCUCCUCCGGAAAGGAGAAGAAAAAAAAAAAAAGAAAAGAAAGGAGAAAAAAAAAAAAAAGCCAGAGAAGGAGGGGAACGAGGGAGCAGCAGAAAAACGCCGAAGCUCUUAGAGACCGGAUCUCAAACCUGCUUUUCUGCAAAGAUACAAGCAGCAGCAGCAGCAGCAGCAGCAGAAAGCAACCGCUGAUUUUUUUUCCCCUCUCCCCUCCCCUUUAAAACAACAGCAACUCCCCCUCCCUUUUUUUUUUUUUUUUUUUUGCAAUCAGCAAAGCUGCCUUGAGAGAGGGAGAGAGAAAGAGAGAGGGGGGAAAAAAAACACGCACUCACGUACAGCACACAAACUCCGAGGAAGCAAGCAAGCCACCACUUUAAAAAAAAAAAAAGAAAAGAAAAGCUACCUUCCCUUUUUCCUAUUUUUUUUCCCAUUAUCAUUUUUUUUUUAUUUUGCAAACGGUUUUUUGCAACCGAUCGGAGUCUGGGGAAGCCGAGCGAUCCGAGAAAAAAGCCGCUCUUGGUUGGGCUGGAAAAAGAUCUGAGCGAGAGAGAGAGAGAGAGCUCAUCAAAGCCAACUCCAGGAAUCGUAAUUUUUAUUUUUACUUUUUUAAUUGUUAUUAAAGAACCGACUCUUCGCGUCGUUGGCCGGGGCUUGUCUUCCCCUCGCGCUCCUUUCUGUGUACGGUGCACGCAGAGAAAAGUGGCUGGAGAAUGACGAAUCGGCCUCUUCAUUGAUAAAAAAAAAAACCCCAACAACAACAGAAGCGAUUAAGGAAACCGCCGUGAGAUCGCGAAGGGGGAGAGAAAGAGAGAGAGAGAAAAAAACAAAUCCUCGCUGGAUCGGAAAAGAAAAAGGGCGUUUUUUUGUGUUUUUUUUUUUUUUUUUAGAAAUCCGUUGAUUGUGGUGCAGCGGCGUGUGGCUCUCUGGCUUACGACUUGUUGUUAUUUUUCCCCUCUGGAGAAAAGUGCAAGCAGAGAGAGAGAGAGAGAGGAAAAAAAAAAAGCCUCCCAAGUUUGCAGUGGAUUUUUUUUUCCCCCUCGGUUUAAAAGCAAAACAUUUCGAUGCUUCUGGCUUACAACCUGGACUCGAAGAUUUCAGAUGUGUUCUAAGCUUCCGGGAGUGAUAGCUGUUCAGGAUACUGAUGGAGACGAGAGCUCAGAAUGGCAGUGGGUUACAACCCUUGCUUCAAGGCCAGCAUGACACCGGGAGACAAUUUGGAGAUUCUGACCUGAGGGAUGUCUUAGCACAACAAGUUCACGUCUUAUCCUUGGAGCAGAUCAAGGCUAUCCGAAACACAAAUGAAUACACAGAACCUCCUACGGUGGCUCCCCGGCCAGGACUGAAGCCAGCACCACAUCCAGCGGUCCAGCACAAGAGCGAAAGGCCACAUGACUUGACGGAGCAACGUCAUUUGAACUGGCUUCAACACCCCCAGGUCCAUGUUUCUUCUCGACUACCACUCUCCCGUUCCAUCAGCACGGUCAGCAGCACUAGCUCACGUGGUAGCACAAGGACAAGUACGAGUAGCAAUUCCUCCGAACAGAGACUUCUGGGGUCAUCCUUGGGGACAGUUGUUGAGGGGAUAAUACGAGUACAGCCGAAAUCGGAACUGAAGUCUCGGGAGCUGAAACCCCCCAGCAAAGAAAAUUUGCAUAUGCAUGCUUACCGAUGUGAGGACUGUGGGAAAUGCAAGUGUAAGGAAUGCACUUAUCCACGGACUCUUCCAUCCUGUUGGAUCUGUGAUAAGCAAUGUCUUUGCUCAGCCCAGAACAUGGUAGAUUACGGGACCUGUGUCUGUUGUGUGAAGGGGCUUUUCUACCACUGCUCCAAUGACGAUGAGGACAACUGUGCUGAUAACCCGUGUUCCUGUAGCCAGGCCCACUGUUGCACUCGGUGGUCCACCAUGGGGGUCGUGUCCCUUGUUCUGCCUUGCUUGUGGUGUUACCUACCAGCCAAGGGUUGCCUUAAAUUGUGCCAGGGCUGUUACGACCAAGUUAACAGGCCAGGUUGUCGUUGUAAACAGUCCAACACGGUUUGCUGUAAAGUUCCCAAAGUCCCACCCAGGAUUAUUGACAAGCCAACAUAGCAUCACUAAUCGGGUAAUAAGGAUGACGAAAGAACAUCAAAUGGGGCCAGCUAAAUGAUCUAUAACUGUGGCACUGUUUCUUGGUGGUUGGGGAGGGGAGAAGCAGCAGUGAAAAAAGUCCAGUCUUGUGAAGACCCCACUUUAGAAUCCGACCAGUGGAGAUCCAAGUGGCAGCACCCAAGUAUUGCAUAAGCUAAGAGACUCAAGCUACUUCUAGGCAAACUCACGUGUUGUGCGUUUGUGUGUUUUUAAAGGAAUUAGUACACUUGUAAAUUAGGAAACUACUUCAACCCACUCCCAAUUUAUUUUCUGCCAGAGAUGUGCUAUAUUUUUGUAUAUAGGAUAUUUUCAACUGUGAAAACACAAGUGUCAUAAAAACAAGUAUGGCACACGAGUCACAAAAUAUUAUACUAAUAUGUUGUACAUUCAAAAGAAUGUGAAUCAAUCCCUAUGGCUUAGAUUGUAUUUUUUGCCUUAUGAAGCCCUUCAAUUGCAAGACUCUGAUUUCUUUUUUUUUUCUCUCUCUCUCUCCUUUUGGACAGUUGCAGUAAAAUUGAGUCUUUAUUUUCUAAUUUUUCAAUAUAUUGUCUAGUGUAAAGAAUAUUUAUUUGAAGUUUUAUUAUUUUAUAAAAAAUAUUUAUUUUAAGAGGCAUCUUACAAAUUUCACCCCUCUUUAUGAGGAUGCCACCAUUGCUGCAAAUUAAGGGUGAAAAAAACAUAUAUUCCCUAUAAAAUAGAAAAUAUAUUAACGUUUGAAAUUAAA